AUACACCCACUAAUGUUGUAGCCAAAGUCUUGAAAUCAGGUGAGGACAUACUUUUGGUAAUUAUGUAACAGUACAAGUUUGAAAUGUUUAGAUCACAUGAAAAAUCACAUUUCACCUGGAUGCUUUUAUGGGCGGUGAGCCAAGCCUCCCUCGGACACGUCACAUGACUUUAUUGAUAUGUGGAUGGCAUUCAAGGUAAAGGUUGUGGUGACAGUAUGAGUGAGGUCGAAACCAAGAAGUUGCAUAAAGAUAACAAAUUGUUGCACAUACACUGGGCCACACAGCCUCUCAUUGACUGAGUCAAGCACCACGUGAGCUAAGCAAAUAGCUUGCUAAUUACCAUCUCAAUUUCUUAACACGACAUCAUUGACUGUUAGUAUCAUAGCGCCACGAGGACAUAACGUCAGACAUUAUUCAUGAUGACUUACAUUGUCACCGACGCACACUGUUGUAACAAAGGCUAUUGAUAACAAAUAUUGAAGAUCAGACUGACGAGUGAGGGGAGUUAACUACAGUAUAUAUACACACGAGAAAGUCUGUAACUGCGUGCAUGCGCACAGGGUCUCUAAGGCAGAAUAAGAGUGGCUUGCUGUAAUGUUGGUUAUCCUCCAGCAGGGGAUUUUAUACAAUAGUUUAUGAAAACCUGUUUAUAUUUAAGGCUAUUACAUUUGUUUAUUGAUCAUCUCACCUAUCAAGUAUAUGGUGCGAUGUUAAGUGGGUUGGACCGCCAAUAAUCAUCAAUUUAUUGAAUUAUUCACCUGCAUGGUGGAAGUAGAGAAGUCGACCGCAAAUCUCACGGCGUCUAAGUUAAAUCUGCACAUAUAAUUUAGGCUAUAGGCUUCCAUGCAUUACAUGGAAGAGGAAGAUGUGUUGUAGGCCUGUGCCUUUAUGUGAAUUAGAGAUGGAAAUGUUGCAGUCAAUCAAACAGGAGCUCUAAAACUACUAACCUGUUACUACUAACUAUUACCCGUCACUCAAUAAUUUAUCCAAACUAAGGAGCUUGAAGGUCAGGACCUUUUUGUUUUUGAAACAGAGACACAGUAAGCUCUCGCUGUCUGCCCCCGGGGACACUGUAGUGAUUCACCCUUUCCUCUUAAAUGGAGGAACUGAAACGUCUGUUAGGCACUCUGCAUUCAUUUCAUAAAUGCUGCCUUCACACCCCUCCUCUGUCUCACAGUGUUCUGUUUUCAGCUACUUUUUUCAGUUUGUGUCACACACACACAAGUUUAGAGGAGGGUAACACAGCAGACGGUCUCCACAUUCCUCGCCCUGCUUCAGCCAUGGCCAAGAAGGACUGUCCUGCUGGCAAAAGGUGGGACAGUCUCGUCAGCACAUGUAUCCAAGAGUCCGAAACCAGACCUGAACCAGGACCAUCAGCAGAGCGGUCUCUGGCUACUGUGGUCCAGCUGAGAUCUACGGCCCCCACAGCCCACUCAGUGAUGUUGCUGAGUCCGGCUCUGUGGAUAUUUGUAGUGCUGGCCACACUGGGGUCCAUCUUGGCUCUAUCUCUCUGGUUUAUCAUAUACAAACAACAGACCAGGCACAUCAGCACCUCAGUUGUCUGUGUUGCAGAGGAAGCAGGACUGCAACAGGAGCCUCUCCAGAAAACAGAGCCACCUGCCAAAAGCCAACCACCGCCUUCAGAAAGAAACGGCCAGGCAGAGAUGUUGCAGAUAGCAGCAUGGACCCCUUCACCCUGUUCUCACCUGCACCUCGGGGCCCAAACAGGCAAUAAGUGGGAGGAGGGCUUUACCGCGAGCAGUGACCCCGCAAAGCAUGCUGGGACAGAGGGGUUUAGAGGGCUGCCUACAAGCAGCACAACAAGGGGACACAGGAUCCCACUUCCUGCCACAGAGCUGGGUGGCACUGUCUUAGUUACAACUAAAACUGUGUAGGGCUUUUGCCACUGCGUGUACUCUGCUCAGUGUGGGGAAUUUUCGUUAAAUCCAAAUUUUGGAUAUUUUUCUUUUCUACCUCUAACUUUUCUUUCUUUUGUGUUUUGAAAUCAUUUUCUACUACUGUUGUUUGAUUCCACUGCAACGCUUGAAGAAAUACAAGUGUAUUCUUGUAGAUUGGUGUCCAAUUAUACCAUGUAAGACUGUUUAUAGUUUAUUGUACUUUAUUGCAAAGUUGUUAAAAAACAAAACAAAAAAACUGCUCUGAUCUUGUGCAAUAUUUCAAACAUCAUUUAAUAAAACACAAGAUCAAAAUCAUUACAGAUAUUUCUGAUGUUCUGAAGACAAGGUAGCAUUGUUGUGGUGCGAAAGAGAAAUAUUCUCAGAUCUCCGCUAUAUUAUGACAAGUACAGUUUGGAAAUAGUCUUUAAAGCAGGAAAGGGUAUUUACAUGGUAAAUAAUUUUGUCAAAGUUUCUCAAUCAAUAAGCUUCCUGCAGGCAACAUCUAAACAUUAACGGAGAACUGUUCAAAGUAAAGUCAAGAAGAGUACAUUCAAUAUCAUUAUUGGAUUCCAUUUGGAGAAAGCUGGGUUUUUAAUAGUUCUAAAAGGAGGACUCCCACACUACAAUCCAUGUAGUUGUGACAAUAACUAUCUGUGACUUAUCAUUGUCCACAAGGCAGGAGAAGGUGAUGGUUGUGUGUUGCAAAUUACAAAAAGGCAUGAACCCAUGCUGUUUGUAUUUCAAAAAUCAUAUAAGAAAAAUCCACCCAAAACAGUUUUUAUAGCCAUUAUAUGGGUAAAAGUGUAAAACUUUGGCGCCCCCAAGUGACAGUAUCAAAAUAAACACUGUGGCAGAGCCUAUGUGUUGCUACUCUUGGGGCCAGUUUGUUCCUUUCUUAUUCCCAUGAGUAACAGUGCAAAUGUAAUGAUGUAGAGUACACAGCUACAGUGAUUUUAUCUCAAGAAUGUUGUGUUGAAAUGUGUCAGUUCCACCCAAUAAAAGAGGAGGAGGCUUAUUUAUACCGCCUAUUCCACCACAACAAAACUCAACGUACAUCUUGAAUGAUAUAUAAAAAAAUCUGAGGGUGGAUUUUUCCUUUUAGCAAAAAAUUGACUGAUAAACGUUAAUUUUGUGUCAGAGGGAUGGGUGUUGAGUGGGGAAAGCGUUAAAGGGUAAAGACACAACUGAGACUCUGUUGCUGGACCAUUUAUCAUUACAUCAACACACAAGUCUCGCUUUCAACACGCAUGCUUGUCCCACGGCCGCUCCGCUGUCACCCUGACAAACCCAGCAGUGCUGACUCAGACCGGUUCAGGCUAUGACGUACGUCUAUGACGUCUACUUCUUGGCCAUUAUUGUACGGAAAGCUCCUCUCAUCACAGGUAGGUGCUGGGGUUGUCAGUGACAGCCAGGUGGAAGUACUCUGGUGGGCCGUUCCCCUGCAGGCUGCUGUUGGUCUCUCUCCGGCGGGCUUUGGUGGACAGGGUCUUCCUGUUUUUAAAGCCCUCACUUCCAACUCCACGGUUCUCCAGACUGGACACUAUCAUCUCGGACAGGUCCUGCUGGAGCCGCUGGAAGUUCUCCCUGUAACGUGAGGAUUAUUUUGGACUAUGGAUGCAAAUGUGAAAUGAUGUUGAUAUGCUACAAGUGCCAAAGCCCUGUCAAGCUUGAACAAUUUAAGCUUCUGCUUUAUUAGGUUGGGUAAUAAUUGCAUGACUUUUUGCUAGAUCAAAUGCUGAUCAUGAAUACAUUCAUGUGCAUUGAAUUAUAAUGAAUUGUUUCCCACAUUUCUAAUACGCUCACUGUUGUUUUGUAGCUGAAAGGAAAUGUUGGGAUUGAGUGUAUCUCUUCAGCAUGGAGUUAUUUAUAAGAGACAGUGUUUUACUCACGCUGUUGGUGGUGUGGGCAGGUUGUAUUUCCCCCCAGUCACUCCUGUUAACCAGUAGGUCAUCUCUUUGCCUUUACCCUGAGGGUGAGGUACAAACAGUCACAGACACAAAGGAAAUGAGAGUUGUAGCCACUAUCUGUACGGUUUACGUUUGACGUAAACACCUGGAUUGAUGAGCACACACACAGCCAAAGCAAACCCAGCUAACCUUAAGGUACGUUUCCCCCCUUUUUUCAUACUCAAACUUGCAGUCCGUCCUCUGUAGAAUGUUGAUGGUA